AAAAAGUGGGCAGGCUGAAAACCACUGUGGUGACUCUGGUUCUAGAACACAAAUUAUUAAAAAUGAAACACUAUUAUAGAGUAACUAAUGUGCGCUAAAAUUAUAAUUGAACAAAAUUAAUGGUGGCCUAGUGUUUUGACGUUUUUAUUUUGGCUGGCGCGCUGAUAACCAACCCAACAACUGCAACAACCGCCGAACCGCUCGCCGCUCGCUUUCGAUUUGAUCAGGCUUAACUCGGAAUGCGCAUCUUCUUCGGGUCGUCCCGUUAUCGAUGAUUCUAUUCGGCACCCUCAGAGACUUUCUGCUGGAGGUGGUGCUCGAGUACUGCCUCUUCCUGCCUCUCGAUGCCUGGGCCAAGCAUGCCAUCAAGACGCACAGGUCCGAAUCCGAGCGGCACCACAUCUGGCGCUCGGAGGCGCAGCUUCUGGCGGUGGCGUCGGCACUGCUCUUUGCGUGGAGGCAAACCGUGCCAUGGUGCCUGGGGUCGCUCACCCUGGGCUGCUACCUGUCCAGCCGCGGUUCCAGCCCCAGCCAGCUGCUGAACAAAACCGCGUCCGACGUCGGCUGGCUCUGGCUGGAGAGCACCUCGGGCCUCGGAGCGGCGGUUGACGGCGGCUUGCGGAAGGUGUUUCCGCAGCGUUGGAACCUGGACCAAGCCACCGCCGUGGUACUGGGAGCGAUCCGCGGUGCGGCCGUCGCGGGCUUCCGGUCUGCGCUCCGCGGCAUCUCGCGCUGCCGUCUGGCGGUGGUCCACUGGCGGACCGACGUCUGGGAGGCCUACGUCCACCACACGGAUGCCCUGAGCGUUCCCGCAGAGCAGAGGGGCGCUCCGCCGCGGCUGACGCGGAGAGCCACCUUCUCCGGCGUCGUGGAUCGGCUUGAAGUCACCGACAGGGUGCCACCGGCGGAAAACGUUCCAAGAUGAACUCCGACGGGACCCGCGCGGUAUCGUCGUGAAACAAAAGAAAAUUGAGACGUUCUUCUAUGUUUACGAGUCGAUUGUAAGGCCGCGGUGCUGUGGUGUACCACCUGUGUAGCUGCAGGGUUUCGCCACGGAUUCUUGUGAUGUCUUGACUGGAGUCUUAGCCGACGUAGAUGGCAAGUUCGUCGUUAUCUUUAUCGAGGUGACUUAAAAUUGUGUCCCUGUUUUGGAUUUUUUUUUUCUAUUGUCUGUUGCAGGUUAAAAAGAGAACACUACUUGGAAAAUUUUAUUUUUUAACCGCUAGCUUCGAAAUUAGCUGGGUAGGUUGGUAAUCAUAUAGAGGAGCAGCGUGGAAAGUGUCACCUCUAUAGACCAGUUUUGUGAGGUUCUACAGAGGUACAGCAUCUCUUAGUAUGAGCUGUGUCUGAUUCAAGAACCUAUCAUUCAAAAAUAGUGCUAAGAAUCAGCUCUCAUUUAUCAGCUCUCAUUCUGGAGGUAUUCAUACUAGUCUACAGUCAGGUCAUAUGAAAAGAAAUGUCAGCAAUUAUGCAGGACUACUUAAGCUUCUUCCACAAAGCCCAUCUCACCUUCCACUUCAACAGAGCAAACGCUAAGGGGGAAUGGGCGAGCAGACGGGCUUGUCCUUCGAACCUGCAAGAGGCUAUAGUGCUGCAUGGCUGCACACUGCUGUGCUGCACAGUGCAUCAAGACUGCAUACAGGAAUUCGGUACCAAUGAUUCGAGCUUGACAAUUCUUGCCUUUGAAAUCAUCUUGGGACUAUCGGUGUCCACGACAUUUGCGCAUCUUGCUGUCUCUGUUGCUAGCUGUCGUGCACUCUCUGGCCUGUGGCGCUCGCAAACCGUAAAUGGGCACCUAUGGUACCUCAUCCCUCAAAUACAGCUGUCGGGGAUGUCUACCAACUUGAACAACCUGGAAUUGUCAGGGAAUUCCGCAGCAUCUGGAAAAGCGUGAUCGAACGGGAACAACCCGAACAGCCGCCACAACCCCAUCCUCUCUUGUAAUGGUCGGGGAAUUUGAUCGAAAUAUUUAGGGAAAGCCUGGAAAAGGUGGGAGAAUUUGAGCGAAGCAACUAUGUAGAAACCCUGGCCAAUAACUUUAUCGAGGUAUUUGACCGGCCGUCGCCCGUGCAAACAACUACACCCGGUGUGAAUUGCGAAGUGCACGAAAGAGGGAAGUUUUGAUGACUUUGAGAAACGGACUAUGGAAUUCAUACUUCCGACAUCGCUGUCUUUUUUUUUUUUUUUUGUGAAAAAUGGAGUUGUGGGGUAUUACAUCUUGUCGACAUCAGUUUAUUUAAACGGGCCGGAGUCGGGUGCUCUUGAUCUACUGGAGCACAAUUUUUAAAGACGCCGCUUCUUGAGUAAAGCCUGCGAACUAGUGUUUUUUUUUGUUUAGCUGUACAGUUAUUUAUACAAGUUUGUAACGCACAAUCAUGCCAUUCAUAUCACACUUACAGUAGGCUAGUCCAGUACCGAUUCUUGGGAAUGCGUAGAGGGCUUAUGCCAUGAGCUGGUAAAACAUGAAGGGACAGGACAUUCUUUUUAUGCCUUAUAUGACUGUCUUUAAUACUGGACAGCUUUCCAAAAUGACUAAAUGAGAGAGAUGUGGAUGCCUUCAGGUGAUUGUACUUGCAUGCAACCAUAACUGACCACCACUUUGUUUUUAGUUUUUUUUUUUGUUCGAGUUUUUAUGUUUGGCCACUCUAUCUAGAGCCACGUGUGUCAUUUUGGAGUUUCCUACCGUCAUUGUGACUCCUAGAAAGAAUACUACAUUUUGUCCAUUUCACAUUGAUCAUUACGUGUGAAAAUCAUAAUUACUGUUUUGUCCUGGGUUUUGUUAGUGUUUUCUGCAUGAAAACAAAUAAAAGUGGCUUAGACAGUU